AUGGCUGCUGGGGAAGGUGCCCAGCUGCCGGCAACAAUAGCGGCUAGCCGGUGCGUGGAGAAGUCGCUUGAAGAGGCUGCCGGGAGCGGUGCUCUGAACUUGUCGAACCGUAAAUUGAAAGAGUUUCCCCGAACCGCCCGGAACUAUGACUUGUCCGAUAUUACGGCAGCCGGAAGGAUAGUGUUCUACCAAGCCAGCGAGCAGAGCAGGCCCAUCCAGGAGAACAAACCCCAGCUACCUUCUAAGAACCGUCUGUGCGAGCUGCCAGAGGAGCUGUGGCCAGUUCAUCUCCUUGGAGUCGCUCAGCUUGUACCACAACUGUGUUCGCUCCCUCACCCCCGACCUCUGUCCACCUACAGGCUCUCACCUACCUCAAACCUCAGCCGUAAACCUCCUCUCCAGGCCUGCCCCCCUCGAAUGUGUCAGCUCCCCCUCCUGAGAGUCCGAUCGUCAGCAACAACAAGCUGUCGGCCCCUGCCCACCUCCAUACAUACCCUCACACACCUCCGACAGCUGGAUGUGAGUUGUAAUGGCCUGCAGUGUUUGCCUGUGGAGUUGGGUCAGUUGGAGUGUCUGAGAGACCUCAACUUGAGGCGGAACCAGCUCACCACGCUGCCAGAAGAGUUGUCCGAGUUACCCCUGGUCCGGUUAGACGUCUCCUGUAACCACAUCUCCCACGUGCCCGUGUGUUACCGCCACCUGCGUCAACUCCAGACCAUAGUCUUGGACAACAACCCCCUGCAGCAACCGCCUGCCCAGAUCUGCUCUAAGGGGAAGUACCACAUCUUCAAGUUCCUCAACAUUGUGGCCUGCAAGAGGAGCCAGGAGGAGCUGGAGAGAGCCCUGAGACCUACAGGAUUUAAUAGCUGUCUGUCGGACCAUGAGCUGUUCUCAGGUCAGUAUGGAGGUUUGGACUCUGGCUUCAACAGUGUGGACAGCGGCAGCAAGAGAUGGUCUGGGAACGAGUCUGCGGAUGACUUCUCGGAGCGCUCCCUGCGUAUUGCUGAGCUCACCAGAGACCAGAGAAACCUGGAGGAAGAGGUGGAGGACGACUCUUCCCUCACAGAGACCCCAGACACGGUGACUGGGGAGGCCAAGCAGGUGGAUUUCAUAGACCGCAGCGUCACCGAGGAGAAAGAAGACUGCAGGACGAAUCGUCCCACUCCCCCCCUCACAGCGCCCCCGCAGGAGAACGCAGAGGAAUCCUCACCACCACCCCAAACACAAGACUCUUCUAGAAGCAGGUUGUCCAAUGGAACGGUCCUCUGCCAGCUGGCCAAUCACGUGCGGCCUCGCGCUGUGUCCAUCAUCCACAUUCCCUCCCCAGCAGUGCCAAAGCUGAGCACGGCCAAGUGUCGUCUCAACGUAGAGAACUUCAUCUCUGCUUGCCGAAGGCUGGGGGUCCCUGAGGACACCCUGUGUCCCUGCCAGCUGAUCCUGGACGGUGAGGGUCUGUCGCGGGUCGCCCAGACCGCCCAAGCCCUGCUGGACCUCCCUGUGUCAGGACCCCGCCGCGCCGCUGCCCCAACCGGGCUGCCCCAACAACUGCCUGCUCAGAAGCUUACCAGCACCCAGUAGAUAUCAUUACAGAACAAAAUAUAAUGGUCUGCUGUAUGGGAGUCUGUAGUGUGUGUGUGUUUUCUUUCAUUCUUUGCCCAUGUCUGUUUUGCGGUCUAAACAUUUGCAUUUUAAGACGUAGCCUACAGAGAAUGACAACUUCCCCAUAAGACUCAACUACACUGUCUCAUUGUAGAAUAAAAUCUCAGGAAACUGUC